AUGGCAUCGCACGUCACGUAUGACGGAGUUACAGGGGCGGGGGGCAACAUCUUCAGAGACAUCAAGUUCUGGGUAUCCCUCAACGUUCCUCAAAGAUCGAGUAUUAUCGAAAAAAUAGAGAGCAAUGGCGGCGUUGUCGUCCCGCGGGAGAAGGACGCAGACAUGCUCAUCGCGGACCACGUUAAAAAGAAUGCACCGAUGGGAUCGUACUCUUGGAAGUUCAUCACGGAGUCUGUCAACGCAGGCAUCCUCCAGGUCGAGGACAAGUACAUUAAAGAACCGCCUCCCAAUGAGCGUCGAUCGAUUCUCGCAGGACCUCAUGCCAGGAAGACUCGGAUGCAAUUUACAGAAUUCGACGAUGCCCUCGUUGCCAAGUAUGUCCUCAAGGAGGGCACCAACACGGCUGGUAACGCAAUGUACAUGAAGCUGGCAGACCAAGUAUGUCCGCGUCACUUGCCACCGCCAAAAACAUGCAUACGGGGGCAGACGAACCGGAAGAUGAUCGCGAAAGCGGACAAGAGGAGGCUGAGGGGGAGCUGGGAGGCGAAGAGGGAGACGAAAACAUUCAGGACGAUGUUAGUAGAUCAAUUCUUGAGCGAUCUGCGGGACUACUGCGAGGCCAACAACAAGAGGCUUCACACCAGAUGCGUCGUUGAGGAUCAUGAGGUAGACCUGUUCGACCUUUAUCAGGCCGUCAGCGCGCAGUCUGUCCCACUGGAUGAGGUGGACUGGAAGCAGGUGGCGCAAGACGUGGGCCUCGGCCGGACUCGAAGCAAGGCAGUCACCGCUGGCUUGUUGGAAUCAAGCUACAAUCGUUACCUAGGAGACUUUGCAGAGGCCAUGAUGAGCUUCGAAGACAUCGAGGAAGACCCCGACGAGGACAUUGCGGAAGAGGACGGAGCCGCUUUUGGGGAUGAAGAAGCUGCCACCCAUUCAACAACACCGCGGCCCUCUCAACAAAAUCACAUCCUGUCGUCCAUGAUGAGCGAUCCCAGCGAGAUGAGGUUGAGUAAAAGGGUGUCAGACGAGCGGCCGUCGACGCCAGAAAAAGCACCCAAGCGCAGGCGGACAAUGCAUACCGAGAUCCCAAUGACCCCCGAGGACAAGCUGAGGACCACUGGGCGACCUUCGGCACCAUCGUCGGCACCAGGUAACCUGUAUAGGAUAAUAGAUGAAGAACCAGCGGAGACUGAAGAACCGUCACAAAGGACUCAUCGACAACAACCACCCCUCGACGAGUCGUUUGAUAUGACUCCCUCUCAACAACUGCGGAGUGAGACUGACCUGGUCGCAAAUACCGAACAUGCCGAGACUCCUACUCUCUACUUUAGUCCGACGGCGGCACGUCUUGCUCAGAGGAACGACGGACGCCUUGAAACUAUACCAGAGGAAGUCCCUUCUACGUAUACGCCAACAAGAUCGCGGUCUAAGAAACGCGCAUUACCGCCGUCUUUCGGACAGGCUCAGCAGCCGCCGUCUCGGGAGCUGCGAGAAAGGCAGCUGAAGGAGGAGCUAGAAAGACUGCGCCGACAGCAGCAGCAGCAGCAGCAGGAGGAUGUCCAGCAACAAGACGCAGUCGACUCAAGCGACCCCGACGAGGAGCAUGUAGAAGACAAGAAGAAGCAGUUCAAUCGAUGCAAGGAGAACUAUCUCCGCCAGGGCUAUACGGAAGUCGAAGUACUCGAGGCCAUGCGUCGCACCACCAUGACCCCCGGCGAAACCAUGGACAUUGUCCUCAAGAGCCUCCGGGCCAAGCGCGGCAUCCCGGAAAACUACGAGGGCAUCUGGACGGACGGCGACGACUCGCAGCUAAAGUACGUCGUCCGCGUCGGCGGGCUGGAGGGCAUGCCGGGGGACGGCGCCGAGAUGCGCCAUCGCAAGGAGAAGGCGCAGAAGAUGCUCAAUCGGCUCUUGUACAAGCACGGCGAGGCGAAUGUCAAGCUGCGCAAGAAGUUUCUGAGGGAGCUGGCGCUGGCGCAGAGGGAGAUGGAGAGGGGGCUGCAGGCCUAG